AGACUGUAGAUCGCCCAUGAUGGUGCUUCGUGCUGGCCUGUGUCCACCAGCGGAAGGGAAAAACCAUGCAAAAUCCGGCCUUCUGGCCGUGCGAGGGCUUCUGGCGGCGCCAGGCUUCGUCGAGCAGUCAGAGGUGGUGCGGCAUUCAGAUCCGCGACGGCUCCUAGAGGUGCUCACUGAGCAAUAUGGAGAUGACCCCGUGUCGAGGCAAGCCUUGGAGGUGAGCCGCCGGCUCUUUGACUUUGCCGGCCUGACGGACUCCAUCGGAGGUGCAGCCAAGUGGUGUCAGGACACCGUGAGCCAGGUCUCCAACAAAGUCGUGGGGGUCCAGGAGGCGGCGAGCCUCAUUCAGAGUGCGCUUCUGGACUCAGUGAGAAGGAAUGGCUACAUCGGUGAGGGCACCCAGCUGACAGGCCAGGCUUGGACCAGCAUGCUGGAGCUGGGCACCAAGAUGACGGGCAUCUACCAAGAUUUCCAGCCGUUGGAGCCGGCCUUUGCCAAAGCCAGCGGUGCGAUGGAGAUCACCACCAACCAGGGCAUGCUCUCGCAGCUUGUGCACUGCGUGAGGUCCAUCAUCAGUAGCAAUAGUAUUUUGGAUGUGCUGGGCACAUCUUUGGACAAGGCCUUAGGGAUCUUCUCACAGAUCAAGGACACCGUGGUGAGCGUCGUCUCCAAGCUGGGCGGCCGGAGGCUGCGGGAGGCUGGGCGAGAAGGACGGAUGCUUUACGAUUACAACCAGCUCCUUGAGGGGAUUGACUUUGACUGGAUUUCGAAGAAGAUCCAGGGCUUUGUCGCGACCAUCAAGACGCAGGCAGAAAACCUGGUAGAUAUUGACACCAUCCUCGGCCCCAUGCUGGCCCAGAUGGACAAGACGGGUCAGGUCACGAGGCGCUUGGAUAUCAUCUCGCAGGCGCAGCAGGCGGUUGGUGGCGUGGGCAGCCUCAAGGAACAAGCGGAGAAGAACGCCAGGGCUAUCAGCAAGGUCAUUCCAACCUGGCAGGCUGUUGAGGGAACCUCCGUGCAGAUGUGCCCCUCGGUGCUGGCCACCAAGGACACCAUCAGCAACCUGAAGUGCCGUACCACCGAGUUCGUCAGUAAAGCUGGCGUGGGAUCCUGGGUCCCCAGCGAGGUGACCAACAUCGUGGCAGGAUGCCCUGCGACCUUACCGACGCAGGAGCAAGCCAUCGAGGCCGGCUGUCCGAAGAAGGCUUACUCCGCUGGUGUGAAGGAUGUGCUGGGUGAGAACUCCAAUGCCCUCGGCUGGGCCAUGGCCGUGGGUGGUUCCGCGGCGGGCUUGGGCAUUUGCGGCAUCGCAGGUGCGAAGAUGAUGAAGAAAGGGGAGGAUGAAGAUGACAGUGAUGAUGGGAACAGCAGUGAGCAGGGGCCCUUGACUGAAUGAGAGUCAUCCCUGGAAGCAGACCGCCUUGGGGGCUAUCAUUGGCAGAUCCG